AUGUUUGAAUUAAGGCUAGUACAGGGCAGUUUGCUGAAGAGGGUAAUUGACGCCAUUAAAGAUCUUGUCAAUGACGCCAAUUUCGACUGCUCUUCCACCGGAUUCUCUCUCCAAGCCAUGGAUUCUAGCCAUGUCGCUCUUGUUGCCCUCCUCCUUCGGUCCGAAGGGUUCGAGCAUUUCCGGUGUGACCGAACCUUUUCCAUGGGUAUGAGCAUUGCUAAUAUGGCUAAGAUGCUCAGGUGUGCUUCCAAUGAUGAUAUCAUUACCAUUAAGGCUGAUGAUGGCACUGAUACCGUCACCUUCAUGUUCGAGAGCCCUUCACAAGAUAAGAUAUCAGAUAUCGAAAUGAAGCUGAUGGACAUUGACAGCGAUCACCUGGGGAUCCCAGAUGCUGAAUAUGAUGCAAUUGUUCGAAUGCCAUCAUCAGAGUUUUCUAGUAUUUGUUCAAGUCUUUCCUCGAUUGGUGAUACUGUUACUAUCACUGUGUCAAAGCAAGGUGUUACUUUCUCUACCAAAGGUGACAUUGGAUCUGGGAACAUUACCUGCAGACAGAAUUCCUCAACAGAGAAGCCAGAGGAAGCCACCAUCAUUGAGAUGAAGGAACCAGUUUGUUUGACAUUUGCUCUCAAGUAUAUCACUACCUUCACUAAAGCAACCUCGCUGUCCAGCCAAGUGACCAUUAGCUUAUCCUCAGAUAUGCCAGUGGUGGUGGAAUACAAGAUCGCUGAAAUGGGCCAUGUCAGGUACUACCUGGCUCCUAAGAUUGAAGAAGAGUUGGAGACCAACCCUCAGCCUGAAACCAGGCCUAGAACACAGCCUCCUGCAGAAAACCACACUAAAACCGAGGCUCAAGAAGCUGUGCCUCUGACUAUAACGGGCACCAAGCAAGAAAACGGAGAAGAUGAUGAAAUUGUAGAAGAUUAUGAAACUGUAGAAGAUUCCCAGGUAAAGAUGGAAACUGAAAGAAGAGCUGAAGAACCUAAAGGGGAGAAAAAGCCAGUGAAGUCAGAAUUAGUUACGGAUCAAGACUUCAAGAUGGAAACUGAUUCUGAGGCUGAGAUAAAGCCUACGACAGAAGCAACCCAACCAAAGGCGGAAGUUGAAGUUAUGGAAGUGGAGUGAUCUCUUUGAGCUGAAUCACCUACCUAUAUCUUUGAUCUCUUGAAACAUGUUCAUAGUAGACUUAGUAGGGAUUUUCGGCAGCAUUCUAUCCGGCUGGGUAGGUUCUUAGGACCGUUUUGGCAUUUGAUUUGCUUUGAUAAUUCUUGGUCCUGAAACCAUUUUGAUGUAAAUCGGUAAUUGGUUGGAUAGAAGUAGAAAUUUAGGGCUUUCUUCCAAGAAUUCCCUUCACUUUUGUAGUUGCUGUAUGCUACCAGAAAAACAAGGAAUUGGUGCAGCAGGUUUCUAUAUUGAAUGGUCAUUUUACUAGUAAUAUUUUUAUUUGUUUUCGUAUAUCUGAAUUCUACCUAUAAUCAACGAUAUUAUAGAAUACAUUUUUGCCUACCUUGGAAAGGGUUGUCCUGAAAGAUAUGAAUUAAACAAAGACAUGAAUUAAACAAACCAUAUAUUAUUAGUACAUGUAAGUUAAGAAGAGCAAGAGAAAUUAAGACCUUAGAAGAAUAGGAAUCGUAGAAAACAUUUCGGCAAUUUUUAUUUCCGGGCCAAAAAAAGUCAAAAAAAAUUUAAAAUUGAAGGCUAAUAACAUCCACGUUUUUUGAGAAAAUCUUAGAGAAUUCGAGGCUCAAUUUCGAAAAGUCUUGAAAUUUUGGGGAAUACAUUUUGGGGACAUAUAAUAUCGUUUGGAACCAUAUAUGAUCAUUAUUUGUUGUCAUAAUGUUAGUGGUAGACACUAGACAGGAGACAAUGAAACAAGUGCAAGUUGUAAACUGGUAAAUCGGCUGUUAAAUUGGAUGGUUGCACUCAGUCAGGUGGACUUCUGGAGGGUGUUAGGGACCAUCGUAAACAUCACGACAAUUUUUAUUUUCAGGCGAAAAAAGUAAAAAAAAAAAAAAAAUCCAAAAUUGAAGUCUAAUA